GGCCUCCAAGGUUUACCAGCAGGCCAACGGUAUGGACCACGAGAAAAUCCAGGAGGCCGAUGAUUGUGAAUUGGAGGAGAGGGGACAGGAAGGAGGGCGCCGAGUCUCCGUGGCUGUAACAGGAGCAGUCGAAGCUCCAGAUGGCGGCUGGGGCUGGGUGGUGCUGGUUGCCCAUACUUGUCCUGGCUUUGACACUGGCAUUUCCCUCCUGCGUGGGAAUCUUCUACACUGACUUGCAGAAUGAGUUCCACGCAACCAACAGCGAAACCUCCUGGGUGCCCUCCAUCAUGACGUCAGCGCUUCAUGCAGGAGGUCCCUUUUGUAGUGUGUUGGUGGAGAAACUUGGCUGCCGAGCGACAAUCAUGUUGGGAGGGGUCCUGAGUGGGCUUGGAAUGGCUGCCAGCUCAUUUACCCAGUCGAUCACUGAGCUUUACAUCACCGCCGGGGUCAUUACAGGUCUUGGUUUCUGCUUCAGCUUCCAACCAGCUGUGACAAUCCUGGGACACUACUUUGUGCGUCGCCGUGUAUUUGCCAACGCCAUGUCCUCCACAGGCACCGCCUUGGGACUGUGCACUCUGCCUGUCCUGGGAAACUACCUCCAUAUAGAGUACGGUUGGAGGGGAAGUUUUCUCAUUCUGGGGGCCGUCCUGCUGAACUGCUGUGUGUGUGGAGCUGUGAUGAGGCCCCUCCAGCCCAAAAGGCAUCGUGGCCAGCCGCUGAUGAACCACGGACCUCCUCCGCCAGAUGAGAAUAGUGACAGCAAGAAAAAAGGGAGGGUGAGGACGAUUUGGAGCUCCAUGUUGGCUUUCCUGAGCAAACAUAUGGCCUUCGAUCAGUUCUGCAACAACUUGCGCUACCGUGUGUACUCCAUCGGCAUCACAUGGAUGAUGCUCGGGUUUGUGGUACCUCUGGUGUAUCUGGUUCCCUACGCUACAGCAAACGACAUGGAGCCGAGUCAGGCUGCGUACCUGCUGUCCAUCCUGGGGAUCGUCAACAUCGUGGCGCGGCCACCGUUUGGCAUCGUGUUUAACUUGCCAUGGUUCAAAGGGCGACACGUUUACGUGUUUUCUGCAGCUUUGCUUGUCAACGGGCUCAGUAACAGCAUCUGCUGCAUCGGGCCCAGCUUCCAUGUACUGCUGGCUUACGUGGUGAUCUACGGGCUUUCCAUGAGCGUGGUGGGCUCCCUGAUGUUUACUGUCCUCAUGGAUGUAGUGGAGAUGAGCUACUUUCCCUCAGCCCUUGGCCUCGUUGCUGUCAUGGAGAGCGUCACGCUGCUCAUCGGGCCUCCGCUGGCAGGAAUCCUGGUUGACAGAACGGGCCACUAUUUCCACGUUUUUUUUGCCUGCAGUGCCGUUGUUGCCUCAUCCGCCGUGUUUCUCGUGGUGUCGUUUUGCUGGCUGGAUAAAAAGGAGAGGAAGGCGCUGAAUCAGGUGAAGCCACCCACGGCGCCCGACCCGGCGACACCUACAAUUAACAUCGUUCCUGGUUGCCAGUACAGCAGCGUGUCCACAGAAGGAGAUAGAGACAAGGCCUCGGCUAACGGGGCGGAGUAUAUCACCAGCGUCUGAACCUGCUUACACUGUGUGUCACCUUUUAGCACACGUCACACUCUCGGUCAGACUGUUCUGCAAAUGAUUCCUAAUAUUUGCGACCGCUUGCCUGGUGCACCAGAUGUUGCGAGGUUUACUUUUCUGUGGUUAAAAGACAGCACACAUCCUAACAUCUGGAGCACCAUAAAAGUCAGAACAAAUAGUACGAAGAGUUUGCACUGUUUGACCAAGGUUGCAUACCAAAAUCAGGAGAUGUGCACUUAAAAACCACGACGUGAUUGUACUGUUUAUUGUAAAAUGCUGCUGAUUUUAUCUACACAAUCUAUCACACAUGAGGUAUAUCACUCUAUCAAGCCAAGAUACGUACAUAAUCCCUCAUUAGAGAAAUCCAAUCUUUAGUUGAUGUUUGCUGGAACAGUGUUUUUCAAUGGUGUGUUAGUAUACGAUGAGCUAACAGACACAGAGAGAGUAGAUACUGUUGAGCAGUGAAACAGAAAUGAAGGGGACGGUGCAGUAAUAUCAGUGGGAAACAUUGUGGAGUAGGGAAGCACAACCUAGUGAGGCCUUAUCAAGAGUUAAAGGGGACAUGUUAUUGUUUUUUCUUUCUGUUUUCUGUCAUGUUAAAGUGGUAAAUACUUGUUAAAUACAGCCGAAACCAAUAGCCAAAAAAUUUGAGUUUCAUCCAGAUCUUUUGAACAGUGUUUCCCACACCUAGACUUCAUGUGUGCCAAAAAGGGUAUAUGUUCCAAUUAAUUUUUAUUUUUACAGGCAUCUAAGAUGACUAUCAAGCCACCUCACUCUUAUUUUGACAUUUCAAUCGCCGUUAAACAGCUAGCUCUGGUCCUUUCUCUACAGGCAAGCUGGUCAAACCAUUAUUCUGACAGGAGGUUGGUACUAGUUCUGCUCUGGAGCUCUUUCACAGCCCCGAGGGGCAGCUCUAGUCGACAGUUGGUCACUAGAGGACAUUCCAGGCUCUGUUUGCCUAGGUAACUCUCUAUUGUAGACUUUAUGGGCCUUGCCUUGCCACAGGUGUAUAAAAUCAAGCACCUAGUCAUGCAGUCUGCUUUCACAAACAUUUGUGAAAGAAUGAGCUCAGUGCACUCCAGAGUUGUCCUGUAACAAGAUUCCUUCCUAAAUAUUCCACAAUCAAGUUUAGGUGAUAUAAUUGCAAAGUGGAAAACUUUAGGAACCACAGCAGCUCAGCCAUGUGACCACGUAUAGUUACAGAAAGGGGUUGCUGGGUGCUGAGGCGUAUACUGCGAGCUCCAAACCUUCUUUGGCAUUAACAUCAGCACAACAGCUGUGCACCAGGAGCUUCACGGCAUCUAGCAGCUCCUGUAGGUGUAAUGUGUAGGUGGCUCAGCACUUCUGUCCACGUACUGCGUUUAUCACCUCUCGUAUCAGUCUAUUCUUCAUUCUCACUCUUGAAGUCGCCCAACGUCACUCAAUUUCUCAGUCUCUGCUUUCUGUGUGGGCGCCUCUUUGUAGACCAUCCCUCCGUGGAAUGAGGAACUUUCUUGAGAGCCAGCUGAUGGCUCGGUAUUUAAUGUCUCGAAGUGUGUAUGAUAUUAUUUAUUUAUCAGUUUAAAACAGCGUCCGUUCACCUCUUUCUCACCAAAACCAAGAAUAGAUUUUUAUUCUGUGGGAAACACCAUUUUUACUUUAUGUAUGAUGUUAGAGGGGAUAGCCUGAAAGUAGUCUCAAGCACAGAGUUGUGGUUUUGAGCAUAGAAGAGCAUAGAAGUCCCACCCACUUCCGUUUCCAGCCAAUCAGGAGAGGAAUUAAAACACCUGGUUUGAGACAGAGGAUGAGCUGAGGGGCAGCAGAAAAGCCCACUAAGAUAAAUGAGGAUUAUUUUGAAUUGUGAAUCAUGCAAAGCUACUCUGGGAGAGUAAAAGAAUAAAAAUAUGGAGCCAGAAAUGAGCAGAAUAGGUCCCCUUUAAUGAAUGAGGGUUGUUUUUAUUUUGUAUGUAAAAUGUAUGUAACAUUUUAAAGACCUCUUAAAAGACCAAAACCAACAAUUUGUUAUAACCUGAGGAUUAACCCAACAGACUGCACUAUACACAUUCAAGUUAACAAUCAUAUGAAAGCUUUUCACAUUUGGACUUCAUGUUUUUUGGUAAAGUACCCAUAAAUACUUUAACAGCACAGUCAGACCUGUCGCUCACACAUUUUUAUCACUGAUACCUAAUCCAGAGUAAACAGGGGUGUGAAACGCUUUAAUGCCCUUUUGUGUCAGUGAAACGAAGCGAAAGCUGCACAACAGAGUGUCGUGACACUUUCGUGGUUUGAAGGCAGAUCAUUUCAGGGGUGUGAAUACUUUUAAACAUGACUGGUGCUAAAAAAAAAUGGCUGUAGCUCUGAAUGUGAGUUUGUGGUGACCUGUAGAGGGUGUACUCUCAUAAGUGAUUAAGAAAAUAAAUGAAUGGAUGAAAAUUUCAACAAAACGUCGGUUUAAUGCGUUAUUGGUUUGAGCAUGCAACUGUUUUAUCAGUUGCCACUUUAGCUAUAGUUCAGCUGUAUUGAAAAUCUCCAUUCAUCUAUUCUCCUUCACUUAUUCACUGGAAACUUAUCACAGGAGAGGCUGGAAGUGAUGAAAUUUCCACAGCAUGUGAAUUUUUAGAAUUUUUGAAAUUUAUGUGCAGUUACUCAGUUUACAUGAUGUGCAGUGCCUGACAUGGUGUUCAUGUGUCCUGCCAUAACUCCAGCCUUUCAUUCCGCUAAAUCGUUUUAAGGUUAGACUGUUGUUGGUGUUGGCUGUGCUCCAAAAUAACUCCUGAGAAGCUGCACCUGUUGGUCAGUGCUCACCUGAUUUAUGUCUGUACAGCACAAAAACGCUGAGAAACACAGUUCCAAAUAUUAAAGCCUCUGCCUUAUUAAAUUUACGUUCAGUGCAUCUCCUACUCAGUCUGGUGUUUGAUAACAACUGAUUACUUACUGCAGCAUCACAUGCCGGCAUUGCCAACCUGAGGAACAGCCAUACUGAUUAUGUUCAGCUUGUUUAAAAGCUAAUUACCACAACUAUACUUUACAAGUCUGUUUUUGUUUGUAGAAAGCGCCAAAUCAUUGCUGACUUUUUUUUAAAUGAAAUGUUCUUUUAGCGGGAGUAAGUACCGUAUUUGUUUGUGUCUAUUUUCAGCUGCGGAUGAAUACAAACUCGUGGCAAUGAAGGAACACGUGAAACAGUGGAGCUAUAUCAGACUUGUAGCAUGAAUUUAUUGUUGCUUUUGGUCUUUUUAGUGGGUUAGUUUUUGGUUCAUUGUAGGAAUGAUAAA